GAAAGAUAUUCAUGAGGCAGAACUGGUAGGGCCGGAGGAGGUACAGGGUGAGGGACAGAGGAGACAAGGGCGUCAAGGCAUUUGGAUGAGUGGAAGUUCACAGGUGACUUAGAGAACAAGGAAGGAGAAACAGGUUUGGAAAGGAAAAUGGGUUCUGUUUGGGAUAGUGGCUUUAAGGUGCCUGCGGGACAGGAAAUUCUGGUUGGCACUUAGAGUUUGUAAUCACCAGCAGUGAGUGUUAACGAGGCCUUAAAGGUAGAGCUGUGUGUUUUUUGGUGGUGGUGGUUUUAAAUCUUGAUCUUACUUAUCUUUCUCUUCCUCAGCACUAAUCAGUGCUUUGUAUAUAGGGGGUGAAUGGUGUGAGCAGAAUAGAUCUCAUCCCUUGAGAUGUGAUCUUGAAUCUGGGGGAAGUAAUUUCCCCUCUUAACACCUGUUUCCCUUUUUGUCAGUGAGGGAGUUGAACCAGGUCAGUAAUUCUCAAAGUUUUGCCAUAGUCUGGUAUGUUGGAAUCAAUUGUAAGGUAUGGCAAGUAAUUUUUAACCAAUUAAGAGCUGAUGUUUCCUCACCUUUUAAAUGAGACUUGAUUUAUGUCACUGUUUCUUAAUUGCAUUGCAGUAUGUUAAGUUUGAGAGAAAGGGGUGGAGUUAUAGUUAGUGAGCCAGAGUUUCAUAACUCUCGAUAUACCAGGGGCUGUGUCAUACACCCGUGCGGUGGGAAGAAAGGAACUCUAUUUUAAGGACCUUUCCAAAAGACAAAAACAAGUCAUGGAGAAGAAUGGGAAUAACCGAAAGCUUCGGGUUUGUGUUGCUACUUGCAAUCGUGCUGAUUAUUCUAAACUUGCACCCAUCAUGUUUGGCAUUAAGACGGAACCAGAGUUCUUUGACCUUGAUGUGGUGGUGCUUGGCUCUCACCUGAUAGACGACUAUGGAAAUACAUACCGCAUGAUUGAACAAGAUGACUUUGACAUUAACACCAGGCUACACACGAUUGUUAGAGGGGAAGAUGAGGCAGCCAUGGUUGAGUCAGUAGGCCUGGCCCUAGUGAAGCUACCAGAUGUCCUUAAUCGCCUGAAGCCUGACAUUAUGAUAGUUCACGGAGACAGGUUCGAUGCCCUGGCACUGGCAACGUCUGCUGCCUUGAUGAACAUCCGGAUCCUUCACAUCGAAGGUGGAGAAGUCAGCGGGACCAUCGAUGAUUCUAUCAGACACGCCAUAACAAAGCUGGCUCAUUACCACGUGUGCUGCACCCGAAGUGCAGAGCAACACCUGAUAUCCAUGUGCGAGGACCAUGAUCGCAUCCUUUUGGCAGGCUGCCCUUCCUAUGACAAACUGCUCUGUGCCAAGAACAAAGACUACAUGAGCAUCAUUCGGAUGUGGCUGGGUGAUGAUGUAAAACCUAAAGAUUACAUUGUUGCUCUACAGCACCCGGUGACCACCGACAUUAAGCAUUCCAUUAAAAUGUUCGAGUUAACGCUGGAUGCGCUUAUCUCAUUCAACAAGAGGACCCUAGUUCUGUUUCCAAAUGUUGAUGCAGGGAGCAAAGAGAUGGUUCGAGUGAUGCGGAAGAAGGGCAUUGAGCAUCACCCUAAUUUCCGGGCAGUGAAACACGUCCCAUUUGACCAGUUCAUACAGUUGGUUGCCCACGCGGGCUGCAUGAUUGGGAACAGCAGUUGUGGGGUCCGAGAGGUUGGCGCUUUUGGAACACCUGUGAUCAAUCUAGGAACGCGUCAGAUUGGAAGGGAGACAGGAGAGAAUGUCCUUCAUGUCCGGGACGCUGAUACCCAGGACAAAAUACUGCAAGCACUGCAUCUGCAAUUUGGCAAACAGUACCCUUGUUCAAAGAUAUAUGGGGAUGGAAAUGCUGUUCCAAGGAUUUUGAAGUUUCUCAAAUCUAUUGAUCUUCAAGAGCCACUGCAAAAGAAAUUCUGCUUUCCUCCCGUGAAGGACAACAUCUCUCAAGACAUUGACCAUAUUCUUGAAACUCUGAGUGCUUUGGCUGUUGAUCUCGGUGGGACGAACCUCCGAGUUGCAAUAGUCAGCAUGAAGGGUGAAAUAGUUAAGAAAUAUACUCAGUUCAAUCCUAAAACCUAUGAAGAGAGGAUCAACUUAAUACUACAGAUGUGUGUAGAAGCUGCAGCAGAAGCUGUAAAACUGAACUGCAGAAUUUUGGGAGUAGGUGUCUCCACAGGCGGCCGUGUAAACCCCCGGGAAGGAAUCGUGCUGCACUCGACCAAGCUGAUUCAAGAGUGGAACUCGGUGGACCUCAGGACGCCCCUGUCGGACACUUUGCAUCUCCCCGUGUGGGUAGACAAUGAUGGCAACUGCGCUGCCAUGGCAGAAAGGAAGUUUGGCCAAGGAAAGGGCCUGGAAAACUUCGUGACACUUAUCACAGGCACAGGAAUUGGCGGGGGAAUCAUCCAUCAGCAUGAGCUGAUCCAUGGAAGCUCCUUCUGCGCAGCGGAACUCGGCCACCUCGUUGUGUCUCUAGAUGGGCCCGAUUGCUCCUGUGGGAGCCAUGGCUGUAUCGAAGCGUACGCUUCUGGAAUGGCCUUGCAGAAGGAAGCAAAAAAACUACAUGACGAAGACCUGCUUUUGGUGGAAGGGAUGUCAGUACCGAAAGACGAAGCUGUGGGGGCACUCCAUCUCAUCCAGGCUGCCAAACUCGGCAAUGCAAAGGCCCAGGGCAUCCUGAGAACAGCUGGAACGGCUCUGGGUCUUGGGGUUGUGAACAUCCUCCACACCGUGAAUCCUUCCCUCGUGAUCCUCUCGGGAAUCCUGGCCAGUCACUACAUCCACACUGUCAAAGACGUCAUCCGCCAGCAAGCCCUGCCCUCCGUGCAGGACGUGGACGUGGUGGUUUCGGACUUGGUGGACCCGGCCCUGCUCGGGGCCGCCAGCAUGGUUCUGGACUACACGACUCGCAGGGUCUACUAGGCUUCCCGGUAGUGGACACAGACCGAAACUCAAGAGCUCCUUAAUGGAAUCAGGUUAUCUUUCGGAUGCACAUUUCUUAAAAAGCAAAUUUGAUUAUUUAAAUUUGAUACAUAGCAGGUGACUCUGGCAGAGAAAUUUGUGCUUUUAGUCCCCUCUUCCAAAGUCACCUUUCCCCAUCCCCAUUUUUGUAGAUGCUGCUUUUUCUUGGGCCAUUUGGGCUCAGACCCUACAAAUACCACUCACAGUUUUCUGUGCCAACAGCAGCUACAAUAGCCUUUGGCCUCUGCUUACUAGAUGUACCCCUCAGACCUGCAGGCUGUGCUUGGGAAUGUGACCUUAAGACUGGAGUUUGGAUUAUUAAUCCUUCCUCCUCUGGCCCUAAACUUAGAUGGCAAAAGGGAUCUAGUCAGGAAACAAAAGCAAAUCUCACCUUGGAAGAGAACUUUUCUUUAAGUGCCCAGUUCGAUAAGCUUCAACAAAGGUAUGCAACUGUGAAACCAUUACCACAAUCAUGACAUUGGACAUGUACCUGUCACUGCCCCCCAAGGUUACUCGUUAUUACUCUCCUAGAACCUUGAGAAACUUCAGACCAGGGAUCUGAACUACAGUGGCCUUAGUGACCUUGUGCUUAUCUUCUUAAGGACAGCUGAGAAGCCACUAGGACUUACAGCCUCUGAAAGGAGAUUAACUGUCCUCCCAAAGGAUUUUUGCUACUGACAAGCAGACAGCUCUCCCUGUAGUAACUUUUCAUCCUGCGCGGGGUGCGGCCCAGAGAGCCAUGCGGGCAGCGUCUACGUCAGACCUGGAGCCCGUGUCUGUGAGUCUGGGUUCCAGCGAAGUGAGGUUCUGGGCUUUCACUGCUGCCAAGAUACAAAGGUUCUUGCCAAGGUUCUUGCUGUCAGUUGCAACCUGGAAGAAAAACUAACAGCCACCAUUUAUGAAGUGCCUACUGUGUGCCAGCUCUGAACUCAGUCCAUCUCAAAUACAUUAUUCUAAAUUUUCGAAGCCUGUAAAACAGGUGUUUUAAUUCCCAGCUUAUGGAAUUCCAAGCUAAAGCUAUGUCUCCAGUGAGUCUCAGAGACAGGGUUCAAUCCCAGGUCCCUCUGCUUUUUCUGCUAAGCUACACAACCUCUCAUGUCAAAAACUUUCAAAACAUGAAGCCCCGGCUGGUGUAGCUCAGUGGAUUGAACACAGGCCUGUGAAGCAAAGGGUCACUGGUUCGGUUCCCAGUCAGGGCACAUGCCUGGGUUGCAGGCCAGGUCCCCAGUAGGGGACACAUGAGAGGCAGCCACACACUGAUGUUUCUCUCCCACUCUUUCUCCUUCCCUUCCCCUCUCUCUAAAAAUAAAUUAAAAAUUACUUAAAAAAAAAACUUUCAAAACAUGAAUGUAUUUGAAUUUACUGCAGACUUGCAGAAGCUUUAUUUAGUAUCUCACUAGUAACGCCUUGAUUUAUCCAUGGCACUAUCUAUAAGUAGAUAAUUUGAUCAAAUAUUCUAUGUGGUGUCAAUUUUGCCAGUGAUAGGUUUUAGGGAUACUUUUAGAUGACCUAACAAAGCAUAUGAUAUGCAUAUGUUUCUCAAAUUAUUAUUUUAGGAGAACCUCAAGAUUUCUACAAUACAUUGCUUCAGUAUUAGCAUAUAAAAUAAAGUGAAGGAAUCAAUAUUAUAUUAGUACUUCCUUCCUGGUGGGUUAAUGUGAAAAGAUAGAUUGACUGAUUCUUAGAACUUUCUACCAGCCCUGAAAUGAUCUCCAGGUCCUGGUUAUUGCUGAAACAUUCCCGGUGAUUCCUGGGAGGGAAGCUGGUCCACUCGGCCAUCAGUGUCUGAGGCAGGAGGGCGCACUGUGAAGGGGCGCCAGUCCUUCCUCAGUGAAAUCUGUAACCACUUCCCACCCCAGACAAUUGCAUUGCUACCCAAAUAUAUGAAGGAUGGUACUGAAUCUAAAGCCAAAUCUUAGUUUUUCAGUUCCUGGAAAGACUAAUAUAUUCCAACAUAAUCAUAUCUUAAUUUAUUUUAAUGUAAAUAUUUUUGUUACUGAGCCAAAUUCUGAAGAAAAAAAUAAAUGUAUUUCCUUGCGGAAAUCCUAGCACUUUUGUUUUGUUUUGUUCUUAAAUUAACUCACUGGCUAAAAGCAUUUCCAUUCCCAGAAGAGAUUUACCUUGUUGCAUCUCUUAACUUUUUGAAGGUCAUGUAACUUCUGUAAGGCAUCUAAUAUUAUUUCUUAACAAAAAAAAACUUUGAUAAUAUAAAGAAUUAUUAUGUAUAUUUUACAGAAUUUGUUUCUUGUGAUAACUUUUAAGAUCUACUAUCAGCAACUUUCAAAUAUGUGAUACAGUAUUAAUUGUAGUUAGCCAUGCUGUGCAUUACACCCCCAUGGAUUACUUAUUUUGUAACUGGAAAUUUGUACUUUUGGACCCGUUUCACUCACCAUCUACUUCACCAUCUCUGGCAACCACCAAUCCAUUGUGGUUUAUUGUGAGCUUGGUUUGUUUUUUUCUUUUGAUUCCACAUUUAAGUGAGAUCAGACAGUACCUGUCUCUCUCUAAUUUAUUUCACUUAGCAUAUAAUACCCUCAAGGUCCGUCCAUGUUGCAAAUGGCAAAUUUCAUAGGUUUUAUGGCUGAAGAAUAAUCCAUUAUAUAUAUACACAGCAUGACUUUUUUAUCUGUUCAUUUCCAUGUCUUGGCUAUUGUAAAUAAUGAUGAAGUGCACACAGGGUGUGUAUAUCUUUAAGUAUUUUUGUUUUCUUCAGAUACUCAGAAGUGGAACUGCUGGGUCUAUGGCUGCUCUACUUUUAAUUUUUUGAGGCAUCCCUGCAGUGUGUUCCGUAGUGGUUGCACCAGUUUACACUCUCAGCAACAGAGCACGGGGGUUCUUUGCUCCCUGUCCUCGCUAACAAUUGGUGUUUCUUGUCUGUCUGAUAGUGGCCACUCUAACAGGUGUGAGGUUUUGUUUUGCGUUUCCCUGACUGGUGAUAUGGAACAUCUUUUCAUGUACCUGUUGGCCAUCUGCAUAUCCCUUUUUGAAAAAUAUUCAGGUCCUCUGCCCCUUUUUUAAUCACAUUGGGUUUUUUUGCUAUUGAGUUAUAAGUUCGAGUUCUUUAUGCUCAGUUUUGGAUAUCAGAUACGAUUUGCGAAUAUUUUCUUCCAUUCAGUAGGAUGCCUUUUUGUUGAUGGUUUCCUUUGCCAUGUGGAAGCUUUUAAGUUUGAUAUAGUCCCCUGUGUUUACUUUUGCUUUUGUGGCUUUUGCUUUUGGUGUCAAUUCCAAAAAAUCAUCACCGAGACAGAAGUCGAGGAACUUACUACUGCCUGUUUUUUAGUUCUGUGGUCUCAGGUCUUACAUUCAAGUCAUUAACCCAUUUUGAGUUAAUUUUUGUGUGGUAUGGUGUAAGAUCGUGGUCCAGUUUCAUUCUUUUACAUGUGCCUGUUCAGUUUCCUCAAUGCAAUUUAUGAGACUGUCCUUUCUUGAUUGUAUCUUCUUGGCUCCCUUUGUUGUAAACUAAUUGAUCACAUAUGUGUGGAUUUAUUUCUGGGUUUUCUGUUCUGUUUCAUUAAUAGGUCUAUUUUUAUGCCAGUACCAUACUGUUUUGAUUAUAAUCGCUUUGUAUAUAUUUGGAAAUCAGAGAGCAUGUCUCCAACUUUGUUCUCCUUUCUCAAGACCACUUUGGCUAUUCAGGUUUUUUUGUGGUUCCAUGUAAAUUUUAGGAUUAUUCUAUUCUGUGAAAAAUGCCAGUGGAAUUUUGAUAGGAAUGUUAUUGAAUCUGUAGAAUGCUUUGAGUAGUAUGGACAUUUUUAACUCUAUUAAUUCUUCCAGUCCAUGAACACAGAAUAUCUUUCCAUUUAUUUGUGUUGUCUUCCAUUUUCACCAAUGUCGGACGGUGUGUAGAUCUUUACCACCUUAAUUAAAUUUAUUCCUAGGUAUUUUAUUCUUUUUAAUGCAGUUGUAAAUGGUAUUGUUCUCUUUCUAAUAUUAAUGUAUAGAAACAGAAUUCUGUACAUUGGUUUUGUAUCUGCAACUUUACUGAAUUUUAGUUUUUCCUUUCCAAUUUGGAUUCCUUUUUUUUCCCUUGCCAAGUUGUUCUGGAUAUGACUUCCAGUGCUAUGUUCAAUAACAUUAAAAAUGUGACAUAAAAAGCAAAGUGAUCUGAGGAAAGAGGUUUGAAAGUAAAUGCUGAGCACUCACUGAGUCCCUGGGACCAACUCCCUCCUUUUUAUGUAGCCCCGUGUGGGUCACGUAGGUUUCAGAAGUAAUCCUUGUCACAAACCACCUCAAAACUUGAGGCUUGAACAGUAAUUGUUUUCUCUCAUGGUUUCUGUGGGUCAGGAAUUUGGGAAAGGCCCUACUUAGCAAUUCUGCCGCAGGGUGUCUGAUACACUUAGUCAGUGCCUGCCGCUGGAGGAACAGGCGGCUGGGACACCAGGCACGGGCCAGGCAUCUGUCUCUGCUUAUGGUUUCAGGUCUCCCCAUGUGGGCUGGCUGGAGCUUCUUCACAGGGUGACAGCCUCAGAUGCAGAGCGUUUUUAUACAGUGGCUCAAGGAUCACCAGAGCUUUUGUGUUCCAGCGAGCCCGCUGCCCUGCCUUUUGUGACCUAGCCUUGGAAGUCGCACAGCAUCCCUCUCACAAUAUUAUCCAGUCACCUCUCGAUCUGAGGAAUGUCAGAAGACUAUUCUGACAUUUCACAACUGUCACACCCACUUCAAGAAGCCCAGUUGGUAUGGGAGGCAAGACCCAUCCAGGUGGCACCACCAAGCGAACACCAAAAGGUACACUGC